AUGUCUUCGACUCGAGGAUCCUCCACCACCCGAGGCCGUGGCGGUCGCGCGGCACGUAGCGGUCGUGGCAAGCCAGGUGGUGCUCGUGGCACCUUCUUCGAGAAGCUGGACUGUGGCGAGCACUGCAUUGAGCGCUACACGAACUCGCGUGGCACGGUCAAGGAUCGCUAUGAGAUCUACCGGCGUCAGCUGAAGAAGGACGAGAAGAGAGGCGAGUGUAUCUGUGACUACUACUCCUUCUCGACACUCAACUACGAGCGCACAUCGCUUGGUGAAGAGUACAAGAACCUACCAAAGAACAAGGUCUUCCCGUUCUUCCGCCUCCCCGCAGAAAUCCGCAACAAGAUCUACGAGCACCUCUUCAUCCUCGACCAACCGAUCGAACUCUGCCCAGACCCGUUCUUCUACUCGUAUAGAGUUCACAAGCACCUGGAGGCCCAGCGCUCGGCACAUUACUAUGCCCACGACUACCAAUCCAAGUUCUUCAAUGAGAAUGUUGGAUCAAUUGGGCCUCUCAUGCGCCUAAACAAGCAGUUCCACAAGGAGGUAUCGCCGAUCUUCUACGGUCAGAAUGUCUUUGCUUUCUCCAAUGUGGCUGGAUGGGUCUGCUUGGACUUCUUCAUGUACAAGAUUGGCCUGGAGAAGUGCGCCAUGAUCCGUAAGCUGAUCGUCUGCCACCCGGAUGCUACUCAAACUCCCGGCACCCUGAGAAGCGCAGAAGAGUACCGCCAGGCGAGCAUCGGUUUCACUCCAAUGGACAUGGUCCCUAUUGAAGACCCAGGUUUCGUCUACGCAGAGCGCUGGUUUUACGACUACGUCGUCGGCAAGGACCCCACUUUGAUUUUGAACAAACUGGGCAAGCUCGAGAAGUUCGGCGUCACGUUCCCAAUGGAGACCCACAUUCCCUACCGAGAUUAUCCUACCACUCUGCCCAUCGACCCGACUAAGUUCCACAACCUCGAAGUCACCCUAUUUCGCCUCACUAGACAGUUCACCUCCAAUACCCGCAUGGGCGCCUACUCCUGGCAAGUCUCGAGCAUCGACGUCGAGACCGUCGCGGCAGAGAUGAGUGCCAACGCCAACGACUAUCCAGUCCAGGCAAUCACGGCCAAAGUGCACGACCAAGGUCGCUAUGCCACGGGCUUCAUCGAGAACCUGGAUGUGGAGGACGAGCUGGCCGAGAUCGAAGCCGAAGAGCUGGGCAUUGUGAGCAAGAGAGAAGCCGAGUCCGCGCUUGAGAGUGCUUGCAACACUCCGUUGCCGGGGGACAGCAAGCCCAGGUCCAGGUAUUCGCGUCGCGGAGGUAGAGGAAUGAUGAGGUAA